AUGGAUUUAAUAAUCUAAAAAGUCGUAAAAGGAAUGUAUUAAGGAGUUCAUACGACAACUUUAGAUGAAUUAUCAGCUGAAACAUGUGCCUAUAUGAAUAUAAUACAUCCUCAUUAUUCUUUAUUGGCUGCUCGUAUUGCAGUAUCUAAUUUACAUAAAGAAACAAAGGAAACUUUUGUUGAGACUAUAUAAGAUUUAUAUAAUUACAAAGAUAAUCAAAAUAGAAAAGCUAGUCUUAUAGCUGAUGAUGUAUAUUAAAUAGUAAUUGAAAAUGCUGACUUAAUCCAAUAAUAAAUAAACUAUGAAAGAGAUUAUACUUAUGACUUUUUUGGUUUCAAGACUUUAGAAAGAUCUUAUCUUUUAAAAAUUCACGGAAAAAUUGUGGAAAGACCCUAAACUAUGUUAAUGAGAGUUUCCAUAGGUAUCCACAAAAGAGACUUAUAAAGUGCAUUCAGAACUUACAAUUUAAUGAGUGAAAAAUGGUUCACUCAUGCAACUCCUACUUUAUUUAACGCAGGAUCUCCAAACCCUUAGAUGAGUAGUUGUUUCUUAUUGACUAUGUAGAGUGAUUCAAUUGAAGGCAUAUAUGAUACAUUGAAAUAAUGUGCUUUAAUAUCUAAGAGUGCGGGAGGAAUAGGUGUUUCAGUUCAUAAUAUAAGAUCUUAAGAUAGUUAUAUUAGAGGAACUAAUGGACAUUCUAAUGGAAUUAUUCCGAUGUUAAAAGUGUUUAAUGAUACAGCCAGAUAUGUAGACUAAGGAGGUGGCAAAAGAAAAGGAUCAUUUGCUAUAUAUUUGGAACCUUGGCAUGCUGAUGUUUUCGAUUUUUUAUAAUUAAAAAAAAAUCAUGGAAAAGAAGAGCAAAGAGCAAGAGAUCUUUUCUAUGCGUUAUGGAUUCCUGAUAUUUUUAUGAGAAGAGUUAUUGCAGAUGAACAUUGGACUUUGAUGUGCCCUAAUGAAUGUUUAGGUUUACCUGAUGUUUGGGGAGAAGAAUUUGAAAAACUCUACGAGAAAUAUGAAAGAGAAGGAAAAGGAAGAAAAAGAAUUAAAGCCAGAGAACUUUGGCAAGAUAUUAUUGAUUCUUAAAUAGAAACUGGAACUCCUUAUAUGUUAUAUAAAGAUGCUUGUAAUAGAAAAAGUAAUUAAUAAAAUUUGGGGACUAUUAGAAGUUCAAAUUUGUGUACUGAAAUUAUUGAAUAUACUUCACCAGAUGAAAUUGCUGUAUGUAAUUUGGCUUCUAUUUCUUUAUAAAAAUUUGUUGUUGAAGAUAAUGAAAAUUCAUAUUUCGAAUAUAAUAAAUUGUACGAAAUAUCAAAAAUAGUCACUUUUAACUUAAACAGAGUUAUUGAUGAAAAUUACUAUCCAGUUCCUUAGGCCAGAUUAUCCAAUAUGAAACAUAGACCUAUUGGAAUAGGUGUUUAAGGACUUGCUGAUGCCUUCAUGAAGCUUAAAGUUUCUUUCGAAAGUGAAAAAGCCUUAGAAAUCAAUGAAAAAAUCUUUGAAACUAUUUAUUAUGGAGCUUGUGAAGCAUCCAUGGAAUUGGCUAUAAAAGAUGGAUGUUAUGCCUCUUUUGUAGGCUCCCCUGCUUCUUAGGGUAAAUUGUAGUUUGAUUUAUGGAAUUAUAAACCUCAUAAAUGUGGUUAUGAUUGGGAUUCUUUAAAAAGUAAAAUAUAAAAAUAUGGUAUGAGAAAUUCUCUUUUAAUAGCUCCUAUGCCAACUGCUUCUACUUCUUAAAUUUUAGGAAAUUGUGAAUCUUUUGAACCUUAUACUUCUAAUUUAUAUACAAGAAGAGUACUCGCGGGUGAAUUUGUUUGUGUUAAUCCUCAUCUUGUUUAAGAUUUAAUUAAAAUAAAUCAAUGGACUCCUAGUGUUAAGAAUUAACUACUGGCUUAUAAUGGAUCUGUUUAAUAAAUAUAAGAAAUUCCUGAAAGUUUGAAGGAUAUUUAUAAAACUGUUUGGGAAGUUUCACAAAAGGCCAUUAUUAAUUUAGCUUUGUCAAGGAGUCCAUUUAUUGAUUAAUCUUAAUCUCUUAAUAUUCAUAUUUCAGAACCUAGUUAUUCCAAAAUGACUUCUAUGCAUUUUUAUGCUUGGGAAAAAGGAUUAAAAACAGGUAUGUAUUAUCUUAGAAGUAGACCUGCUGCUGAUCCUAUAAAAUUCACUUUAGAUGUCGAAAGUCUACUUAAAAAUGCUGGAGAUAUAUAAGUUUAAAAAAAUAAUAAAUAAAAAGAAUUAGAUGAAAAUAAUCCUGAGAAAUUUAGUGAAGAUCCAAUUAAAAAAUUAAAAAUUGAUGAAAAAGAAAAUAUUUAACUUAAUACUUAAUAACCUGAAGAUUAAGUUUGUCCUCUUAGAAAAAAAAAAAAAAAUUCUAAAGGUAAAUGGGAAUAUGAUGAUGAAGAAUGUUUUGCCUGUGGAUCUUGAUAUUAAUUAAUAUAUCUUAUUUCAUAUAAUUAAUUAUGGGGCUAUUUUUAUUUUAAAAUAUUUUAUGUUUAUGCGUUUGUUUUUAUUUUGAGUAUUUUAAAAUAAAAUAUUAUAAUUAUAUUUAUC